AUGUCACGAGCGCUCAGGAGUGUGAAGAAUGUCACAAAGGGCUAUUCCUCAGUCCAAGUCAAAGUCCGCAAUGCCACAAGCAACGAUCCUUGGGGCCCAACGGGCACGGAGAUGGGCGAGAUUGCUGCCCUCACAUUCAACAACCCCAGUGACUUUUACGAAAUUGUCGACAUGCUCGAUAAGCGAUUGAACGAUAAAGGAAAGAAUUGGCGCCACGUCCUAAAAUCGCUCAAAGUACUCGAUUACUGCCUCCACGAGGGCUCGGAACUUGUUGUCACCUGGGCCAGGAAGAAUGUAUAUAUUAUCAAGACUCUCCGUGAGUUCCAGUACAUCGACGACGAAGGGCGAGACGUGGGUCAGAAUGUUCGAGUGUCUGCCAAAGAACUCACUGCAUUGAUUCUUGACGAAGAUCGUUUGCGCAGCGAGAGGUCCGACCGGAAGUUGUGGAAAUCUCGCGUGAGUGGCAUUGAUGAAGGCAUACAAGGAUAUGGUGGGUCUAGUGCAGCUGGCGGUCAACGCCCCAACCGCGACAGACGCGAGCGCAGAGGCCGUGAAGAAGAUGACACAGAAUAUCAACUGGCGAUCGAGGCUAGCAAGGCCGAAGCAGAAGAGGACCGCAAGCGACGAGAAAGAGCUGCCCGCGAUGAUGACGACGAUGAUCUUGCCAAGGCUAUCAGGUUGAGUAAAGAAGAGGAAGAAUUGCGAAGGCGCGAAUUGGAGGAAAGCAACGCCAAAUCGUUGUUUGACGAUACCCCGGUGGCUGCGGCACAGCCGACUGGUUACAAUCAGGGUUACCAGCAGCAACCUGCGGUCGACUGGUUCGGCAACCCUCUUGAUGCUCAACAACCUUUGACGACCGGUUAUCUCAAUAACCAAUAUGCGCAACCAAACGGAUAUCAGCCCACCGGUCAAAUCAAUGCGUACGGCAAUGGUUUCCAGAUGCAGCCAACGGGCUACGAUCCCUCUCAACAGUUUGGACAGCCCCAGAAUAAUUUUUAUCAAAAUCAGUCUCUCCAGCCUCAGCAAACAGCAUUCAAUAACAACAACCCGUACGGGACCAAUCCCGUGUACGGGCAAGUACAACAGCCCCAGCAAGACAAUUACCUACAGCCUGGCAGUCACAACCCAUGGGCUACUGACAAGCAGCAAGGUCUUGAUUCCCUCCGACCCAUGCCUACUGGUUCAAACAAUCCUUUUGCUUCAGCUAUCAAUCGACCAGUUUCGCAGCCUUCCCGACCUGGCCCUCCUACAUUGAACACAUUGGCUGAGGAGAGGGCUACUACUGCUUUCAACACCAUGCCAUCCGGACCUAACCCUAUCGCAAACUACCAAGCACCAAACCCGAUACAAGCCUCAGCAACAUCUGCCAAACCCACUCGCGAUGAUGGCCAAUACUCUCGACUCAACGCUCUACUUGCAAGCGGUGAGGGCCAAGACACCUUUGGUAACACCGGUGACUUGCGUGUCCCUGCUCAUCAUACCGCCCCUGGUCAAUUCAUCAACUCUGCGGGUCAGGGAUUCGGCCCCCAACAGACCGGAAGCAACCCUUUCUUCCACCAGCAAUUCACAGGCGUCCCUCAGCAGACGGGGUUUGGACAGUCGAAUAACCCUUUUGGCGCUCCGGGACAUCAGCAACAACAGCAGGGCGGAAGCUUGAUUGAUCUGUGA